CUUUGGAGGUUGUGGCACUUGCGGCAGACCUAAAACUGCAACGCCAUCUAGGGGUCACAUUGCGAGGCGUGCGCCACCUGCAUAUCGCGUGAAGGGGUUAGCGGCAGGGUCACGGGUUUUACAGGGCUAAUUGUCAGUUUUCCCAGAGAGAGUGAAAUUUCUACAAAUCGGGCAGAUGCUAGGUUGCCGCCUUAUUCUGGCGUCAUUAGCAGCCAUUCUCCAGUUAAAGAUCGGCGGAGAAAGGUCGUUUUGUGAUAGUGGGCAAUUAAAGCCAAAUAAGUCCAAGUGCUACAGGCGAACCAGUUUGGUGAAUAGCUUGAUCCGGCGGAGAGCUGGGGAUUUUAAAAGAUCAAAGCAUAUCCAGCUUAAGCUUACUGAUCCGGAAGGAAAAGCGCUACAGCCAGGCAGCGCCAGAAGUUUCAGUUUUUUUUGUCAGGCCACCACAAGGGAAUUAAAAGGCAAAGCAGACAACUCUUCGGCUGCAGCUUCUGAGACCGAGGAAGGCCUACGAUCCGCGGAAGAAGUAGCCGCCGAUUAGUGAAUUUUUAUCAGUUGGCUCGCGCGCUUCGAUCAGCAGCAUGAAUUUGUAAAAAUUAAAAUCGGAAGAAAAGUUCGGUCUGCUCGCGAAUGCGCUAAACGCGAUUAAAAACUAAUAAAUAUUAUAAGACCCACAUUUAGGGCAAAUUUAUAGAAAGAAAAAAAAAGUCCAAAAAGAAGGGGAGAAAAACCCCAACUACCAAAAAAAAAAAAAAGAACGAUAAUUAUGUGUUAGUAAAUUAGGCUAAGAUUUCUUUUUAUUAUUGUGAAAAAUUAUUAUGUGCAAAGUAACGUGAGGAGAAGUAUCCGAUUUCUUUGUUCUGUGUUUCAUGAUGGUGUUCAAUUUAUAAACCACACGGGAAAAAAAAAUGUCCCGACUUUAAAAGGAAAAAAUAACAGGGAUACCUCCUAGGAAUAUGCGCGAGACAAUCAAUACUUUUAUAUUUUAAAUCCAACAAGAUAAACUUUACUCCCCAAUAAAAUAGCUGCCGUCGCCGAAAGCGCUUUCUCCGAUGGAAGUUACCAAAGUAAAGGGUGAGUCACCAAAGAUAAUCAUGUUAAUUAUGUAUGCUGGCCAAAUUAAAACAAGUUCAGCACUUAAAACAGUAACGUAGAUGUCCCUAUUAUUUUUUCCCUUAAAAUGUCCAAACAAAUGACAACGCAAAGAUCACAAAGUAAAUGUAAAAGAACUAAACGGAAACACACUGAGAGAAAUCCGGAACGAUCACUAUUUAAUUUCACGUAUAUUAAUGUCUUGUAAUUUUCUUUGUCAAUUCUUAUAUAUUUUUUAAUCCUCAUUUUUUUUGUGAAUUCUAAAAACAAUAAUUUAUUUAUUUAUAUAUAUGCAAAAAUUUAUCCUUUUACAAUUUCAUUCCUUUAUAUCUUAUAUGCCUAGUUUUAAGAAUGUUUACAUAUAUUAGUAAUAAAAUCGAAUUUAUAAUGUGGUAAA